UCCGGUUUUCGGGUUGAAACAACGUCGGUUUUCGGUGCGUUUUUCGACAGCGCGAUCGUAUUUUACUCGGUUUUGAUUUCAAUCUUUUAACUUGCGAGAAUCGCUGAACUUGAUGUGUGCUAAUUGAAACGUAAAACUCCAAAUGCAUCCAUUAACGUGCUAUUUGACGCUGACCACGCUGUUUCUGUAUGCCGGGUGCGAUAACUGGCAGGAAUGGUGGACUUACGACGGUAUUUCCGGCCCUAUAUACUGGGGAUUGAUGAACCCCCAAUGGAACAUGUGCGCGAAGGGAAAGAAACAGUCACCUAUAAACGUGGAAACGAAAAAAUUAUUGUUCGAUCCACAUUUGAGGCAUAUACAUCUCGAUAAGCACAAGGUCAGCGGAACCCUUCACAAUACAGGACAGUCACUAGUAUUUCGAGUGGACAAGAACACGACAAUGCAUUUAAAUAUUUCUGGAGGACCAUUGGAUUAUCGAUACCAAUUUGAGGAGCUUUAUAUUCACUACGGUACCGAGAAUCAACAGGGAUCUGAACAUAAAAUUGAAGGAUAUUCAUUUCCGGCUGAGAUUCAACUGUAUGGUUUUAAUAAAGAACUUUACCACAAUAUGACCGAAGCACAACAUAAAUCCCAGGGAAUAGUGGCGAUUUCGUUAAUGGUUCAGUCGAUUAUGAAACUCGUGAACAAAACUAAAGCUAGCUCGAUGGAGGAACACAAAUAUAGUGAGAGAGGGAAUUUGGGAAUCGCAACGCCAUAA